GAAUACGAAAAAUAUCAAAAAGAUAAAAAAAAUCUGAAAUUUUAAAAUAGGUAUAUGUAGCAUAUUAAAUGAAAACGAUGUAAUGAUGAUGAUGGAACAGGGAGAAUUUGACGAGGAUGUUAUGCCAAGUGCUGUAGAUGAUGACGAAGAUGUGUUCAAAGACCUGUUAAAUGUACCUGCCGAUUGGUCAGCAAACGAUUGUUUGUCCACAGGUAUUUUCAAUUCAUUUGAUCCAAAUGAAGUUGUAUAUCGAGCCCAAAAGAAACCAUGUAAGACAGUUGGAAAAUAUGUAAUGGGCGAUUUAUUAGGAGAAGGUAGUUAUGGUAAAGUUAAAGAAGUACUCGAUUCAGAAACGCUUGUUCGCUGUGCAGCUAAAAUAUUAAAAAAGAAAAAACUCAAACGAAUACCUAACGGAGAAAAAAAUGUGCUCAAUGAAAUUCAACUUCUUAAAACACUGAGACAUUUAAAUGUCAUAGAAUUAGUAGAUGUGAUAGUAAAUGAAGAAAAAGAAAAAAUGUAUCUUCUUUUAGAAUAUUGUGUUGGUGGUCUUCAAGAUAUGCUAGAACACUCUCCAGGAAGUAAAUUUCCAUGCUGGCAAGCCCACAACUAUUUUAGUCAGUUAAUAAAUGGAUUAGAAUAUUUACAUAGCCGUGGAAUAAUUCAUAAAGAUAUCAAACCAGGGAAUUUAUUGCUCACACUUGAUGAAACACUUAAGAUAUCAGACUUUGGAACUGCUGAGGCACUGUCACCAUUUGAUCCAGAAGGUAUUUGUGCAUCUAGUCAAGGCUCACCAGCAUUUCAACCGCCUGAAAUAGCAAAUGGAGCUGAUGAGUACUCUGGCUUUAAAAUAGAUAUUUGGAGCAGUGGUGUCACAUUAUAUAAUUUAGUUACAGGAGAGUAUCCAUUUGAAGGUGAUAAUGUAUAUAGAUUAUUUGAAGCAAUUGGAAAGUGUAAUAUACAAAUUCCAAGCUUUGUGACAGAACCUUUGAGAUCUUUGCUAGUUGGAAUGCUUAAAAAAGAUCCAAAGAAACGAUUUACCUUAAGAACAAUACAAACACAUCCGUGGUUUGUUUGUAGACAUCCAAGAACAUCUGAAAAAGUACCUUUUCCUCCUUUGCGUGGUGAUUUCAUGCAUAACAUGACUGUAUUGCCUUACUUAUUCAACUAUCAUUCUUGCGAAACGCCUUCUGAAAAUGAAGAAGAGUAUAUAACAGAACAAUUAAUUAAAGAUCGACCAAAUGGGAGUACAUCAGUUACCAUCGAUGAUGUCAAUGAUCCAUCUAAACGACCUUGGCACAAGCCAAUCAUGUGUAAUGUUAAAAAAAUGACUUCAUGUCGGUUGUCAUGACAUUUGUCACUCAUUUUAGUAUUGCAUUUUUCAUUUUUUUGUUUUUAUCAUAACCAUUAUUGGUUGAGAAGAUUUAAUUAUUUUUUGAGGUACACGUGAAGUGGUUAUUUUCUUUUUUAUGAAAUCAAGUCCAUUUGUUUUACAACAAUGAAAUUAUCUAAGUUAAGCUAUUGACUUUAAUAUUUUUUUGAAUUGUAUUGAUUAUUUAAAGUUUAAUGAUUUAUGAAAACCACAAUAUUUCAAAUUAGUGUAAGUGUUUUAAAAAAAUAUCUCUACUGUGGAAAAGACAGCUAGAUUUGAUGUACUAAGGAGAAAACUAGUACUUACCUACCUCUAAUGUUUUGUUUAUUAAUUAUUUACUUUUGCAUAUAUGUGUAUAUGUGUGCAAAAAAAAAAAAAUCAUUUCAUA